AUGAAACUAUCUCUACUUAUGAAAACACUCUCAUAUCUAUACGUUCAGAAUAAUUCAAUCCACUCUUUCAAAUGCCCAAGCACUCACCAACACGCUUCUAGAAUGGCUAUCCCGACCACAAACAAAUCCGCUACUAACCCAACAAGACGUUGCACUCACUGGGCUCUGACCACCAUGCUAGUGCUUUUGAAUUGCGUGCACGUGGCUAGUCGCACUGGCUUGGAAGAUCCGCCGAAAUUGCCCACCGCAAAUGAGAUACAUAAGGUUCUAGUAUCUAUUGGGUUUACUAAUGACUUUGGUCCCCAAGAUCUAAAGGUCGAAGCCUACACCCCCCACCAGCCAUUAGAGUCCGCUCCAGAUACUAAUACCAACCCAAUAUCGGCUCAGCUUGAUUCCACACAAAAUAAGACACCCAGUUAUGUAAUACAUACUUCGUUACGGCGAAUUACAUUUCAUCUACCAACCUAUCCCGAUGCCACUAGAGCCCAGGCGGCUUUGGAGGAAUUAAGAAAGAUUGCUGUGCUUAAGACUUGCUAUGCCACAGUUGAGUUUUCCGGCUACAACCCAAUACUAACCCAAUACAACAUGCUGAUUUUGUGCCGAGUUGUUAAUAUGCUUAGUUGUGAGCGGAUAUGUUUUUGGUUUGCUGGUUGCCAAAUGCUAGAUGGCUAUACUGAUGGUUUAAAUGUGAAUGAAUGCCAAGCCGAGGCGCAAAAGACAGUUGAACAUGCUGGUCGUCCAGAAAUUCACCUGACUAUUGUGCCAAGUUGGCAGGCCUUGCCGUUUGAGAAGUUUAUGCUUAUCAAUCUUGUUGUUCUGCGUCCUAUCUUAACUCUCAAAUUGAAUUAUAGCCACAUCGCAAAGUUCUCUACUUAUCUUGAAAGCAUUCCUUUUCAAGAUAGAUAUACUCUCAAAAUCAACUGGACCCCUGGACCGAAAGGAUGUUUUGACUUGGAAGCUCUGCGAUUCUCGCAUCACAAUUGUAAGAUGAUUGAAAUUAAGAUUCAAAAACCGAGUAAGUUAGAUCAACUUACUUUGAAAAAUCUACCUGAUAAAGACCCACCAAUAGCUCUAAUGGCAGAUUGGAGCGAUAUCCGACGCAUUGCAAUGGUUAACGACUCCCCAACCAAGGUUCAUACCAUUAUAACUAAUUGGGAUGGCCCAUACACGAUCCAGGAAAUGAAAACUGCCUAUACAUUGCCAAAAAGACCUAAGGCCGGCCUCAUUGCUACUAAAAUGAUUAUCAACGCGGGAAGGGGAUCUCCAUGCGCUCCGCACACUGACUGCCAAGUCAUCUAUAUAAAGACCUUGCGGAAGCAUGGCAUUUCCGUUGAAUGUCUUGAGCUCAAUUAUGCGAAUGGGCGACAAGACUUUCAUAGCGCUCUAAAUUGGCUCAGCAGGAUUAAUACCAGCUCUGAAGAAUUAAUCGGUUGGAAUGACAGGUUGCCUGAAUGCCGUGGCCAUGCACUCAGCAACCCGUUGUGGUGGCAUGUGGCCCCACUCAACAUUCAGCUUGACAAGAUAUCUAAUUGGUGGACGGAUUAUUCAUAUAGCUGCCAGCACAUACGCUAUACAACCAUUAACAUUUGUGGUGCUAAGAAGCCAGCCGCCAACCAGCUUAGCUUAUGUAUCGAAGCUCUAGAUUGGUUUAAAAACAUCACUGCCCAUGAACUUUGUAUCUCAAAUGUGCGUACGGAUGAAGCCUGCUCGGAGCUGGAAGAAUUAGAGACUCUGCUCAAUAGAUACCCCAAAUAUCAUAUCAACCUCAAUAAGUUGGUGCUAGAUAAGGUUGAUCUGCGUCUUGUUUAUCGAAUGCUAUAUCAAUGUUUGUUUGCUUGCCAGACAGAGAUACAUAUCAUAAAUCACAACCUCCCUAAUCUUGCUGUUGCGAAAGUCCUUGCUCAUAACGAGACUCGUAAUAUCACUAAACUCGUGAUUGUUGGUCUUAACAACUUAAUUGAGGCUAGUCCGGAUAGCCAGGAAAAUACGACUGAAGGGUUCUCACUGUUUAACUAUGUAAAGGACUAUGAAGGAAUGAAAACCCCUCAAGAACUUGGCUUACAUAAAUUGUUCUUGCAGCAAGGCUACCUUGACCCACAUAUUCCCACUUUGCAGGAUAUCAAGGCCUUUGGUGUUCAAGUUAUGCCCAAUCUAGCUGAGCAAUACAACGCAAUGGUUCAAUUCGGUCAACCUUCUUUGAUACAUGAUAAAGAGCUUACUUACUACAGCAAUACCCUUGAGGCCUUAGAGACCAGCUUUACCGAUCAUCCUAUUGCUACCAGAGACCAGGACAAUUCCGUUAAGAAGCUGUUCUUGUGCAUCAGUGACAAACCAUUCUUAACUAAUGCUGAUGUGAUUAGUAUUAUCCGUUGGGUGGCCUGCCGAUUUAAGAAGCUAGUUGUUUUAUGGCUGGCAAACCUUAAGUUGACAGACAAUGAGAGGGAGACCAUAACUUCGUGUGAGUAUAUGAUCAUUGGCCUACCUUUACUCAAAUCCAUCCAUUUAGAAGACCCCACCGCCGACACUGGCUCAAUUAAUCUACUAUUUCGGCCCUAUGAUAAUAAUAUACUGCCAAUAAGCCCUGAUUCAGAAGCUAGCUUCACCGCAUUAUCAUACAAACUUCUAUCGCUUCUUUACGCCUACUGCAACAACAUUCAGGAUCUCAUACCCAACUACAAUGAAAUCAACAUGGCAUCUCUUAAAAUGAUCAUAGAAAAGCUUCAUUAUUAUAAAACAAACGGCUGGCUUCUGGACUGCCCGAUCUGUUUCAGCGAACUGUGUGCCCAGCCAAUGCUAAUAAGGCAAGAUAUGGGCCCCGCUUCAUAUUGCAACGGCAAUGCUAUUGCGGCGUGUUUUCUCAAGUGUGGGCAUCCGAUCUGCAUUGAGUGUGCAAGUACAAUGGAAAGCGAUCAAGCGGAAACAGCCCAAGACAAACGUUGUUCUUGUUGCAAUCGGACAGGCAUCUUUGAAGCCUUUAAACAGCUAAUGUGUACUUCAUCCUCGACAUGUAACUUUCUUAAUGAUCAAACCAACGGCUUUACUGCUAAUCCCGACGAUCCUAGUCCCACACCAUGGACUGAUGGCAACUACUACUUCUACAAACCCUACGAAACGAUGAGUACUCUAACUCAAAACCUUUCUAAUGAAAUCAAUACCAACCCCGCCCAUUUAACUCAAAUUGUCGACCCCAAUACUAAUCCCAGACUAACCCAAUAA